AUGGCUUCUUGUUGUAAACAUUGGUGGCAUGCAUCAGUCUACUCCAUCAUCUCUCUAUUGUUGGCCUUCAUAGCAAUAUCCACAGCAUUGCGUUCAAAUCACAAGAAUGCAAUCCCAGCAACCAAACCCGUCGCCCGUGGCCUACAACUCAACGUGUCCAGAGCUCUCAGGCGUGCCGGGUUCCACACCAUGGCCACCCUCCUUCAACUCUCCCCUGAACUUUUCCUUUCUUCUCCAAACUCAACCAUCUUUGUCAUCAACGACUCAGCCAUCUCCUAUCUCUCUAUUCCUCCAUUGCUCUUGGAGGAUCUCCUCCAAUACCACACCACUCCUUCCAAGCUUUCCAUGAAUGAUCUCCUAAAGAAACCUCAAGGAAGUUGCUUCCCAACCCUUCAUCGGAAGAAGAAGAUUGCAAUCACUAAGAUUGAUGCAAGACAAAGCCAGAUUGAGAUUAACAAUGUCUUGGUCUCACACCCAGAUGUCUUUCUUGAAGGACCAAUCGCAGUUCAUGGAGUUCUUGGGCCAUUUUCUCCAUUGAAUUUCAUCAAGUCACCAAUCUGUGACAACAAUUCUACUUUGGUUUCAGAUUUUCUUGAACCCAAUAACAUUGUAGAAUGGAGCCGAAUCAUUCAGUUGCUUAGCUCAUACGGGUUUGUUUCUUUCGCAAUCAGUUUGCGUUCUGUUCUUGAUGGGAUUCUUGAAGAUCAAGCGAGCUUGAAUACAGCCACCAUCUUUGCUCCUCCAAAUUUGGCUGUCGUAGCUUCUUCUUCAGUAUUGCUUGAUAAGAUUGUUAGAUUUCACAUACUGCCUCGCAGGCUUACGUACAAGGAACUCACUUCAUUGCCUGUUAGAACAUUGCUAAGGACACUGGCUCCUGGUCAGGAUCUUGAAGUUAAUUUUAAGAAAGGAUUGAUCUUUAAUGGAGUGGAGAUUGCGGCGCCGGAUCUUUUCUCUUCUGAGAAGUUUGUAGUUCAUGGGGUUUCUCGAGCGUUUGAGCUGACUGAGUUUUCCUGA